GCAUGCGCAUAAGUGUAGUCUACGCUGACGCGGUUCGCCAUGUUUGGCAGGAGGCGAUCUCCUCGUAAUUGCAAUUUCGUCCAUGAUGAUGAAAUAUGGAAAGCUCAUGUAGACAGGGAAAGAGAGACCACGAAAAAAUGGCCAGAAAUUUGGGGAUUCAUGCUGCCUGAAAAGAUAAAGAUAAGAAAUAAAGGGAGAAGAGGAGAACACAACCAAUACAUCACAGUCCAGCCAUCAAAUGAGGUUGAUAUGAAAUUCAUUCAAGGACUAGAAAGGGGUGCUGAUAAGAAAAAUGUCAAGCUUCCUCCCAUUGCCAAGCCUCAUCCAAAAACAACAUCAGGACUGAUUGGAUGGAGAAACACCUCUUUAGAGAGAUACGGAAGACAUGCACGAGGGAUAGCCAAGUGUGAAGUACCAGUAUCAAUUCUGUUUAGAAUAUGAAACAGCUAGCUGAAUUAGUACAUGCAAUUUAUUACUGCAUUUUGAGAAAUAUAGAAAAUUUAUGAUACAUAA